AUGACAGUCCAUGGUGAGAAUAAAGAUAUAAUUAUUAUUCCUUCAGAAGUGGUGGCAUUGGGAGAACAGUUAAAAGUGUUUACUCUCCCUUCUCCUUCGAAUAAUUCAUCAAAGGGACGUGUUGAAUUGUUUCAAGUAUCCAAUAAUUUAGUUUAUCAAAUUAAGAACCAUAGUUUUAGUAAGGGUUCGAAAAUUAACAAUAAUGAUGAUAUGGCUAAUGAUGUUUAUCAUUACACAAGAGACAAUGAGACUUUGAAAUCUGUAAUUCUCACCAACGAGCAAGACAGGUCUGAGGCUUAUCUUCGUGAAAAUGGUAGUUUUAAAUUUGCUUUGAAAUACGAUAUUGUCUAUAAUUUAAUUGGGUUUUAUUACUCUGAAAGUAUAACAGAAAGUGAAAAAGAAUAUUCCAAUCAGGUAUCGAGUCAAUCUGGGAAAGAACAAGGGAAGAAUGACAGAUUUUUAACUUUGCGUGAUUAUCAUGAUCUAUUAGUAGAUUCGAAUGAUUCUCAAUGGGCAAAUAUUUCGCUAGAGGUUUUAAAAAUUGCAUUAGAAAAAAUUUCAAAUACUGUGGAGGAAGCUGAAGAUAUAUAUUAUAAGAUCGAUGACAAUAAAAUAUUAGAGUUUCUAGCUAAGAUAGUAUCUAAGAUUGCUUCCAAUUUACCAAAAAGUAUCCCGCCCUUACUACCUAACUCAGCUCCAGAGGAUAUCCAAAAUUCUAUGAAAAUUGUACUAGCAACAAAUAUUCUGAUAUCGCUAGUACCAAAGAAGGCUUAUUUAGAGUUAAUUAAAUUUAAAGGAACGGACAAUACAAUUAGUAUCGACACAGAGGUUAAAAAAUUCAACGAUUAUUUGGAGAGUAAUGAAUUGUCAAUUGAAGAGAAAAAACUAUUGAUGCAAGCUGCAAUCAGUGUAGGAAUGAAUAAUGAUUCAUCAUCUGAUGGAAAAGAUAAAAAUAAAACAAUUAAAAAACCAAUAGUACCUAAAAAGCCUCGUGUUGCAGUAGGGAGAGGUGCAAUUGAUGGAUUUUUCAAGAAGAAAUAA